AUGAUUUCUUUAAAAAAAUCAGAGAAAUCAUAUAUAUGUAGGAUGAGUUCAAGUGUGAACUGGGAUGAUGUGUACAAUACUUAUACAAAGGGUACAUCAUUUCCAGAAUCAGAUACUCUAGUUAGUCAUUUAGGAAAUCUUAAAAACUUUUUGGAUCAGUUAAAUUAUAAUGGAAUAGGGGGAGUUACGCUUAAUGCACAAAAUUGCGAUUCAUUCAAUAUAUGGAUGGACGAGAAAAGAUCAGAGUAUAUAUGCAAUAGAAAUAAGGUUGAGUAUAAUAUAGAGGAAAUUUUUCAAUCACAAUUUUGUAAUAAAGCCAAUUAUUCUGAUUGCUGUGUUGUUAAAUAUAGAGAUAAUGUGUGCUAUGGAUCAUCAUCAAUGAAUAGUGCAGAUUUAUCGUCAACAAAAAAUUAUGCUGUUACAUAUGAUGCACAGAUAAUAAAAUUAGUUUAUUCUAUUGGUUUUCCCGUUCUAAUAGUAUAUACUAAAAUAAAAAAGAUUAUAUAUAAUAAAUAUAUAAAGCUGAAUUCAAUAAUAAAUAAUAUACAAAACAGUUAUUCCUCUAAUAAUAUUGAAGAAUUUUACAUAAGUCUGGAAAGGAAAAGAAUUAAUAUACAUUAUCCAACUAAGAAGUAUGAAUAA